GACUAUCAUAUAUAAUGUACUCGCAUUUUUUCAGCUCCCAAGUCCCAAAAACGGGUGAAACAAUCAAUGGCUUGCGACGUUCCUCAGCUUCCACUUGGUUCGAACGGGAGACCGAUCCCGCUGUUAGGGUUUGGAACAGCCGAAUACCCUUUGGGCAGCACGGAGAACCUCAAAGAGAUCGUCCUCCGCGCGAUCAAGCUCGGCUACAGGCACUUCGACACGGCAGCCGCGUAUCGGUCCGAGAUGCCCCUCGGAGAAGCCAUCGCCGAGGCCCUCGAGCUUGGCCUUGUGAAGUCCCGGGACGACUUGUUCGUCACUUCCAAGCUCUGGUGCAACGAUGCGCAUAGAGAGCGCGUCAUCCCCGCGCUACGGAAUUCACUCAGGAAUCUUCAACUGGAGUGUCUGGAUCUCUAUCUCGUGCACUGGCCGAUGAGCUUGAGACCGGAGGCUGAGCUCCAACCAAAGGAGGAGGAUUUGCUCCCGUUUGAGAUGGAGUCCGUGUGGAAAGGCAUGGAAGAGUGUGUCAAGCUGGGCCUCGUUAAAUGCAUCGGCGUCAGCAAUUUCUCCUGCAAAAAACUGGACAGGUUGCUCGCCGCGGCAAAAAUCGCACCCGUCGUCAAUCAAGUGGAAAUGAACCCUCUGUGGCAACAAAAGAAGAUGAGGGAGUUUUGCGUGGAGAAGGGCAUACACGUAAGCGCCUACUCACCUUUGGGAGGACGGGGAACCGUAUGGGGAUCCAACCGAGUGAUGGAUUGCGAGGUGCUCCACCCAAUCGCCACCUCCAGAGGGAAAACCAUUGCCCAGGUUUGCUUGAGAUGGGCGUACGAGCAAGGAGUGAGCGUCAUCAUGAAGAGCUUCAACGAAGAGAGAAUGCAGCAGAACCUCCACAUAUUUGACUGGAGUCUUAGUCCUGAGGAGCUUCAAAAGAUUAGUCGAAUCCCACAAAUUAGAGCGUGUGUCCCGUUGGGAUUCAUCUCAGAAAAGGGGCCUUACAAGUCCCUUGACGAGUUCUGGGAUGGCGAAAUUUGACAAUACAUGACUGAUCACCACAACAUCGUUCAAUAUCCGGCAGGACCGCCAUGCUCGUCUUGUUGCUGUCCAUGAAUGUUCAACAGAAGGGCUUGGCAGUUAGUGUGUCGUGUGGUUUUCAAUGACCCACUUGAACUUGAGGAUUGAUCAUUCGUUUUCCAAA